AUGGAUGUGAGAUUCUACCCCGCGGCGGCCGGGGACCCCGCCGGCCUGGACUUCGCGCAGUGCCUGGGGUACUACGGCUACAGCAAGUUUGGAAGUAACAAUAACUACAUGAAUAUGGCUGAAGCAAACAACGCUUUCUUUGCAGCCAGCGAGCAGACGUUCCAUACACCAAGCCUCGGAGAUGAGGAGUUUGAAAUACCCCCAAUCACGCCACCUCCAGAAUCGGACCCCGCUCUGGGCAUGCCUGAUGUACUUCUACCUUUUCAAGGCCUCAGCGAUCCGUUGCCUUCCCAGGGAAGUGAAUUCACGCCCCAGUUUCCCCCUCAAAGCCUGGAUCUUCCUUCCAUUACAAUCUCAAGAAAUCUCGUGGAACAAGAUGGCGUGCUUCAUAGCAGUGGGUUGCAUAUGGAUCAGAGCCACACACAAGUUUCACAAUACCGUCAGGAUCCCUCCCUGAUCAUGAGGUCCAUCAUCCACAUGACGGAUGCUGCUCGCUCUGGGAUCAUGCCUCCUGCCCAGCUCACCACCAUCAACCAGUCUCAGCUCAGCGCCCAGUUGGGGUUGAAUUUGGGAGGUGCCAGUGUGCCCCACACGUCUCCUUCACCUCCAGCGAGCAAAUCGGCGACUCCCUCCCCUUCUAGCUCCAUCAAUGAAGAGGAUGCUGAUGAAUCCAACAGAGCCAUUGGAGAGAAAAGAGCUGCUCCAGAUUCUGGCAAGAAGCCCAAGACUCCAAAGAAAAAGAAAAAGAAAGAUCCCAAUGAGCCACAGAAGCCAGUGUCAGCAUAUGCCCUGUUUUUCAGAGACACACAGGCUGCAAUUAAAGGUCAAAACCCUAAUGCAACCUUUGGAGAGGUCUCAAAAAUCGUAGCAUCUAUGUGGGACAGCCUUGGAGAAGAACAAAAGCAGGUCUAUAAAAGGAAAACGGAAGCCGCCAAAAAAGAAUACCUGAAAGCCCUGGCUGCAUAUAGGGCCAGCCUCGUUUCUAAGGCUGCUGCCGAAUCAGCAGAAGCCCAGACCAUUCGUUCUGUUCAGCAGACCCUGGCGUCCACCAAUUUGACCUCCUCCCUCCUUCUCAACCCUCCUCUGUCUCAGCAUGGAACAGUGUCGGCCUCCCCUCAGACUCUCCAACAAUCGCUCCCUAGGUCAAUCGCUCCCAAACCCUUAACCAUGAGACUCCCCAUGAACCAGAUUGUCACUUCGGUCACCAUCGCAGCCAACAUGCCAUCGAACAUUGGGGCUCCGCUGAUCAGCUCCAUGGUGGGCUCGGCGUCCUCCACCCAAGUGAGCCCUUCAGUGCAGACCCAGCAGCAUCAGAUGCAGCUGCAGCAGCAGCAGCAGCAACAACAACAACAGAUGCAACAGAUGCAGCAGCAGCAGCUCCAGCAGCACCAGAUGCAUCAGCAGAUCCAGCAGCAGAUGCAGCAGCAGCAUUUUCAGCACCACAUGCAGCAGCACCUGCAGCAGCAGCAGCACCUCCAGCAGCAAAUCAACCAACAGCAGCUGCAGCAGCAGCUGCAGCAGCAUCUCCAGCUGCAGCAGCUGCAGCACAUGCAGCAUCAGUCCCAACCUUCUCCUCGGCAGCACUCCCCUGUCACCUCCCAGAUUACAUCCCCCAUCCCCGCCAUCGGGAGCCCCCAGCCAGCCUCUCAGCAGCACCAGUCACAGAUACAGUCUCAGACACAGACUCAAGUAUUAUCGCAGGUCAGUAUUUUCUGA